AUGGCUUACUCCACCAUCAAGUUUGAGGCGAAUCAUGGAGCGAUCAAAGCUUGUGAACAAGCUCGCCAGCUUCAUGCCGACCGCACACGUGGCCACUCUGGCCACCAAGAAGGACAACCAGAUGAGUACGCCCUGGUUGCUUUGCUCCUUUGCUUGAAGGCCAAUCUCGGGGCAGCCGACCAGGAGAUCAUCGAGCACUUCCUUGCAAGCCACCCGCCCAAGGCUUCGCAGCUCGCUGGUGCAGUGAAGGCUCUUGUUAGCGCGCUCGUUGCUGAUGGAGGCAUCCAGCUCUUCGGGCAGGUACCAGAGACCCGCUUGACGAGGAGCCAGCGCGUCUUUUGGCACGUUUGCGUGCGACACCUGGCACAGUGGUACAAGCGAACUGGAUGGCUCAGGGGAUGUGGCACAUGUUCUUUGACUGGGUAUCUUGUGCAAAUCGAGCAAACUUUGCACUCUGAGGUGGACCCUAUCGGACUUUGGAGCUUGGUGCAGAUUCUUGGCAGCUUUGGGCACUACGAAACGCUCAAUGUUUGUGUGCCUUGCAGAGCUGUCAGCCAUGCGUGGUGCGUGCAUGCGCUGCGCUUCGACGAUGCUUAUCGGAUGUUUGCCUGUGAGGACGUUAUGCCUUCGCAACAUUUCGUCCAGGAUGCCAGCUUGGAUGACGUGCGAAAGUCCUACCGCAAGCUGGCUAGGGCCCAAGCCUUGAGACAUCAUCCCGACAAGAAUCCCAGCGACCUGGCCGGAGCGAAGCCAUCUGCGCUCACUUUGCUCGAGCGCCUGGCGAGCCGCAGUGACCUCAUCAAGGCCGAAGCCGGCACAGAUGCCGCCAAGACAUGCCAAGACUUUGGCACAGUCAAGACCAAAGAAAAGGUCACGGAUAUCUAUGGCCACAACGUUUUAGCCUUGGGCACCGUUGCCAAGACGAUCUCCAAGCCAAAGUCCGAUGCAGACUUGCCCGGCAGCGGCCCGGGUCUUGUUCGCUUUGGUGACCACGGUGAGCCUAUACAGGUGGUGGAAGCCCGACGAGAAGGAGGAGACCUUCCGAGAGACUUCUGGACUUCAGAGAGCGGCCUUGCAUGGACGGACCUCCGCGGCGAGCGCCUGCGAACGCAGGAUGUGAAGGAGGCCAACAAGAACAUGGAUGCCGUGCAGAGGAAGAUGCGGGAGCUGUCUUCAGAGGUCUCCGAGAUCUGGUUUGUGUCAUGGCAACAUGCCGGUCACAUCAAGGCGCUUUGCCCCAUUGCCUUGGAGUUGGUCCGACGUGGCCACGAGGUGAAGUUCGUGCUGCAUGACGAGGUACGGUCCUUGCUUCCGGCACAGCUGACUGCUUUGAGUGCCGGGCGCCUUCCAUGGUCCUGGGAUGAGGAGCUACACUUCCGGCAGGCCCUGUGGGAUCCUACACCACCCGGCCCUCCGGAGCAGGCAGACCAGAAUGACUCUCGAAAGGCGGAGCUCUCCGAGGAGUACUUCAGCGGGAGUCAGCGGAGCUUGCUCGAAGGCUUGAACCGUACUCUCCACGAACGCCCGCGCGACCAGUGGCCAGCACUUCUGGCCAUUGACGUCUCCUCGGUGGGUGCCAUGGACCUUGCCGAGAAGCUUCAGUUGAGAUUCGCAGUCAUCUCCUCCUGGCCGGUAGGACCCACACUUCAGUCAGUUGGCGAGCCCAGUUUGGGCGAGCACACCUGGCUCCCUUCGGAAUUCUUUGCCUUCACGCAGUCCGCCGACCAGCAGUCCCUGGCGGAUCGAACGAAGCGCCUUCUAGCCACCUUCGGCUUGCCGUGGCUCAUGUCCUGGGCUGGAUUCCAUGCGCCGAGGAGACGCCUCCGUGCAGCCCUCGAUCUUGGUGCGCUGCAGCUACUCGAGGCGCCUACCACAGAGGUGAAUGGAGGCCGGCCGCUCGUCAUUAUCCUGUCGCAUUGGGGCUUGGACCGGCCACGCCCACUGCCCCCGCGCGCUGUACUGGUUGGGCCAGUGGAAGACUACACAGUGAAGCUGCAGCAGAUGCCAGCAUUGAACAGGCGUGUGGAGGAGUGGCUUCAAGCCGACAAUUCCAGCAUUGUGUACAUCUCCUUCGGGACCAAUGUCAAGCCCAAGGAGAAGGUCGUCCGUACGCUGCUGAAGGCUGCAGAGGCCAUGGAGGACUUCCGAUUUCUUUGGGAUGCACACGAGGAAGAGGUUGAGGCACUGUUGGCACCGUCCCUUUCAACGGCGUCCGAUGGCCAGGCCCACGUUGCUGCACUGCCGGCCAACGUGCUUUUUGCACCUGGGGUGCCGCAACUUGGGGUUCUGGCCAGUGGUCGCAUCUCUUCCUUUGUGACCCACUGCGGUCUAAACUCCGUCCACGAGGCUCUGCAUUUUGGGGUGCCAAUGUUGGGCCUGCCAUUUGUUGGCGACCAGAUGGUGACUGCAAGGCUAAUCGUGGAGAGCGGAGCAGGACUUCGACUGUCCGUUCCAAACCUUGAGGUCUUGCCCAUCCAGGAGGCCCUUCGUCGCCUGGUGUUUCCCAGCUUUCGGGAACAUGCAGCGGCCGCGGGACGCAUCGGCCGCCAUGCAGGUGGCGCUUCUUCGGCUGCAGAUUUCUUGCUCAUGGCGCAGCAUGGGGUUGGGCACUUGCAGAUGUUGGUGGAGAGGGUGCCUCAUUCUGGACGGCUUUGGGAUGUGAUCUUGCUCAUCCUGGUCCCCUGCGUCUUGCUCGCAGCCCUUGGAAUGCUCGGCCUGCGAAGCUCCCAGCCCCCCGACAAUGAGGACUCAGCUCCCAGUGGAGGUCCUUCUGGCAAGACAUCGGCUGCCAGCGUACGGAAUAGGAAGAAACGAUCCUGA